AUGAGUCACAAAGGAUUGAUAUAUAGCUUUGUUGCAAAAGGAGGUGUUGUUUUAGCUGAACACACGUCGUUCUCCGGAAACUUCAGUACCAUUGCUGUUCAAUGCUUACAGAAGUUACCUUCUAGUAGCAGCAAGUACACAUAUGCUUGUGAUAGCCACACCUUUAACUUCCUACUUGACAAUGGAUUUGUGUUUCUUGUUGUUGCGGAUGAAUCGGUUGGGAGGAGUAUGCCUUUUGUGUUCCUUGAACGGGUGAAAGAAGAUUUCAAGCAGCGUUAUGGUUCAAAUAAUAAGAUUGAAGGCCCACAUCCUCUUGCUGAUGAUAAUGAAGACGAUGACUUAUUUGAAGAUCGAUUUAGCAUUGCAUACAAUCUUGACAGAGAAUUUGGGCCAAGGCUUAAGGAGCACAUGCAAUAUUGCAUGGAGCAUCCAGAAGAAAUAAGUAAGCUUUCCAAAUUGAAGGCCCAAAUCACGGAGGUCAAAGGUGUGAUGAUGGACAAUAUUGAGAAGGUUUUGGAUCGUGGGGAGAAAAUUGAACUUCUGGUGGACAAAACAGAAAACCUGCAGUUCCAGGCUGACAGCUUCCAGAGGCAAGGAAGGCAACUGCGACGUAAGAUGUGGCUGCAAAGUCUCCAAAUGAAACUAAUGAUUGGAGGAGGAAUCCUUAUCCUGAUCAUCAUACUAUGGCUAAUUGCCUGCGGAGAUGUCACCAGAUUGGAAGAUCAGUUCACAAAGUUGAUGGCUGAUCGGAAGACUGAAUUCCAGACAUCGUUGUCAUCUAUGUACACCGACAUCGCCAAGUUACAAGCUUCAGUGGCGAUGCUCAUCAACCACGUCAAAGUGUCGACUACUAACCCAUCCUCCACAACUACUGUUCUUAUUAUUGACAGGGAUUCGAUUGUGGCUGUGCAAUUGUUCAAUAUGCAUGAGACAAUCCUUUUCCACUCGCUGCUAGUUUGA